AUGUAUUCUCUGCGAAACCGCGUUGCCCUUAUCACGGGCGGCUCACGAGGGCUGGGUGCUCUUGUGGCCCAGAAAUACGCCGCCGAGGGUUGCAAUGUCGCCAUCAAUUACGCUUCGAGCAAAGACGCUGCUGAGAAAUUGGCCGCGGAACUUCAAGAGAGUUACAAGGUCAAGGCUAUUACUAUACAAGGUGAUGCCGGUGUUCAGAAUGACUGCGUUAACGCUGUCAAAACCACCAUUGAUCAGUUGGGGGGCCUGGAUAUCAUUGUUUCGAACGCAGGUUGGACCAAAAUGACCAAGUUCAAUGACUUGGACGCUAUGAAUGACGAGGAAUGGGAUAAAUGCUGGUCAAUGAACGUAAAAGGCCAUUUCUAUCUUUUCAAAGCAGCACUGCCCACAUUCAACGCAAACCCCGAGGGUGGCGUGUUCCUGCUGACCUCAUCCAUUGCGGCCGUUACGCCAACUGGAAGCAGCUUGCCAUAUGCGAUCACUAAAGCAGGAGGACUGCACAUGGUGAAAUGCCUUGCACACACUCAAGGUAGCAAGGUCCGCGUGAAUGCGGUUCUUCCUGGCCUUCUUUUGACUGAAUGGGUAAGUAGCGCCAUCGCAGUUGUAGUGAAGCUUGGUCGCGGCAGAGCUAAUGUGGACGAACCAUAG